GCUCGGUUGUGACACUCGGCUGAAAAGGUGGAGGGCCCAGGGACGCGUGGAGCCAAGGAGUCGGUGAAUGACUCGAAGGACGAGGACGGAUCAGACGUCGCCUCGACUCUGAGCGGCCUGCUCGCCGGUCUUCCGACCUUGGCGGGCCCCCAACGCCUUGCCAGUUCCCUCAAGCAGAAGUUCGUCAGCAACUCCGGUUACCCCCGGCCCGGCCUGAUGCGCGCCGCCCCAAUCGCGACGAACUCCUCGUCACGCUCGCUUCCCGAGGUCGCACGACUGGUGACCGCGAUUAGUCCCUCGCACUAAACACAGACACAGAACACGGGAAGAAGCAGCGGUCGCUCCGCGACCAUCACCUACUGCCGCCACCAUGACGACGAUACCGAUACUGAAUAUGCAGUUUGGCGAGCUCAAGGAGAUCAUCUGGACGAAGCUGCAGGAGCCUAAGGCUCAGCGCAAGCUGGUCCUGAUCAUCGUCUGCAUUGCGCUGUUGCUGGACAACAUGCUGUACAUGGUGAUAGUGCCGAUCAUACCAGACUAUCUGCAGUACGUCGGCGCGUUUGGCCCGGUUGAGGAAACGACCAACGUCACCGGUCCCCCGGGUCAUCAUGGCCAAGACUCCGCUACGGGAGUGCUGUUCGCGUCUAAGGCAAUCGUGCAACUAAUGGUGAACCCGUUCUCGGGCGCGUUGAUCGAUCGGAUCGGCUACGACGUCCCCAUGAUGAUUGGGCUGUGCAUCAUGUUCCUGUCGACAAGCGUGUUCGCGUGCGGUAAGAGCUAUGGGGUGUUAUUCUUUGCGCGCAGCCUGCAGGGAGUGGGCUCCGCGUUCGCCGACACUGCCGGUCUCGCCAUGAUUGCCGAUCGCUUCACUGAGGAGUCCGAGCGCUCGAAAGCGCUUGGCAUCGCCCUGGCGUUCAUCAGUUUCGGUUGCCUGGUCGCGCCUCCAUUCGGCGGUGCACUGUAUCAGUUCGCCGGUAAGGAGGUGCCAUUCCUGAUACUAGCAUUCGUCAGCUUGGCGGAUGGCUUUAUGCUGUUGCUAGUGAUGAAACCGUUAAAGGAGCAGUUGCGCGAUUGCCAUCGCGAGGCCAAACCCACGAUACCGAUCUGGCGGCUGCUGAUGGACCCGUACAUCGCCGUCUGCGCAGGAGCCUUGAUGAUGUCUAACGUUGCGCUUGCCUUUCUCGAGCCGACCAUCUCGUUGUGGAUGGAGGACACGAUGACGCACGACAACUGGAAGAUCGGCAUGGUCUGGUUGCCAGCUUUCUUCCCGCACGUGUUCGGCGUGGUGAUUACCGUGAAGAUGGCCAAGCAAUACCCGCAGUACCAGUGGCUGAUGGCGGCGGGUGGACUCGCGCUCGAAGGUCUCUGCUGCUUUAUCAUACCAUUCGCCAACUCGUACAAAGUGCUGAUGAUACCGCUGUGCGGUAUUUGCUUUGGCAUCGCGCUCAUUGACACCGCCCUGUUGCCCACGCUCGGCUACCUAGUGGAUGUCAGGUACGUGUCGGUGUACGGCAGCAUCUACGCGAUUGCCGAUAUCUCGUAUAGCGUGGCAUACGCAGUCGGGCCAAUCAUUGCCGGCGGCGUGGUCGAGGCGAUUGGAUUCACAGCUCUGAACAUCGGCAUCGCCUUCUCGAACCUACUGUACGCGCCCAUGCUCUACUACCUGCGGCACAUCUACGACUUCAAGCCGUUCCAGGACGAGGCAAACAUCCUGAUGCAAGACCCACCCGAUAAGGAAUACCAGACCUACGUUCUACAGGAGCAGCGGCCAAUAACCGGCGAGAUUGGUAACCAUCUGAACCAGACGCGCAUGGAGACCAACAUCGAUCAAGGCUACGAUCAGAAUUACCAAACGACACAGCACGGCUAUGAUCAGCACGUCGGUUAUGGUGCGCAGAACGCGAUGGGCUACAAUCAACCUGUCGAACAACCGCCAGUUUAUAAUCAGCAGGCUGGCUAUGGUCAGCAAAGAAAUUACCCCGCUGAUCACGUUCAGGAGCAGAGGGGACCGCAAGUCGACGUGAACCCUUUCAGAAGACCGGAAGUGGAUCAGCAGCGGCCAGCCGGGGAUAGUAAUCCUUUCAGGCAAGGCAUGUACUAAGAGCGAUCAGCCAUCGCCGGUUGUCGCUCGAUUGUUUGACGAUCGCGAUCGAUUGGAAGGCAGGCAUGUCCUUUCGCUCGGGAGUGCGUUCGAGAGUCUUCGAGACAGGCUUCCACUUAUCAGCAGAGAAUCGACAGAGUCGUCGUAGGGCGGCAGGUCGGCGAGACUUCAGGAGCGGGUGAUCGGGACGCUAGAUUGAAAAGACGAAAGAAAGGCGGAAAAGGAGAAAGAAGGAAAGAGAGAGAUUGCCUGGGGGAUCGUCGAUCGUAUCAGCAUCCGCUAGAUCUCGAUCGUACUCAAAAUAUACCGGUACUAGUCGGGGGUGACAGACAGAGGCAACGACUUCCAGAGUGAUUCCCUGAGAAAUUCCACGGACUGUUGCUCCGUGAAAGCGGUGAAUCCUGACGGUCCUGGGAUCUGUUCGAGGUUUCGCAAGUGUGUAGUACGAGUCGCGAGAACGAGAAGAAGAAAGGAAAGGUGAGAAAUGGCAACGCGAACACCGAGUUCUGACGCUAGCAGAGGAUGUGACGUUGUAGGAGUAAAGUGACAGUAUUUAUGCAGACUGCAGAUCUUCAACAGAGAUAAGGACCGCGAGGGAAACAAAAUUAGUCGCAACAUCGAAAUAAAAUUAGAGUGAGAGAAAACGGGAGAUGUGACUGGUGCUACGGAGAAAAGAAAAAAAACAACGUUCUUCAGGUGAAGAGUCGACGUUGUGGGAAAGUUGAAAGGGAAAGAAGGAUUCACGACCGCGAGGAAGGCUUCCGGUCAGCAAGGACCUUCGCUCGCGGAUUGCCGCCGGGCAAGUUUUCGGUUUUUAUUGUUUUUCGUUGAAGAUCGUUUUAUUGCUGAACGGAAAUAGCAUAUCACUAGUUAAGACUAAUCAGGAAUCUAGGAUAAGGCUUUAAGUUAAGUAGGAGACUGUAUAGGAGGAGUGUGACGAGGGUGGUCGAGACUCGCCCCGCGUACCGCUCUGUAUUGGCAAAGUACUUGUCCCUGCUCCGACCUGCACGAAUAAAUUCCAUUACAAAGGAAAAAUCGGGAAUACAUCACUUCAGUAAUUAAACUAAGACUGCAAAAGCUGUUUUUAAUUAUUAGAAUUUCAGACUUUUACACAUGUGCGCAUUCUAAAAUUGUUGCUUGACGUACGUUUCAUGUUAUGAAUAAAAUCUUCUACUACGAUAGCGGAAUUUUAAUUAUUAUAAAUAAUUAUUAUAAAUGUUGUUAUGAAAGACAGAUGGUGAAGCCUAUUAAAGACUUUUCUGUUUAAAUAAUUUUUAAUGUUCAAAAUUUGUUUCCUACUCCAUUCAUCUCUAUUUCACGUUUUUGCUGAAAAGCAAGACAUCUUCAUUGUUUUAACAAAAUACCAGACGACGUCUCUCGUAUAAUUAUAUUUAUCCAUAUGCGCGUAUGCGUAUGUAUCAAGUAAAUAUUAUAUAAAUAUUUAUAUUAUGUAAAUAUUAUAUAAAUUGUUGUUAGAAUUCUGAGAGAAUAUAUCUUCUAUUUUGUUAAAUAUAAUAAGUACAAAUUGAUAAAUUGACCGCAACUUCAAGAACUCAAAUAUAAUCAGUAUUUCAAGAAAAUUCUUUCUGAUUUUCCUCGCGCUUCAAUGCGAGACUCUACAUCUCCUUUCAGUCCGAUCGAGUACUUUGCCGCAAUAAUGGAGCAAUACCAGUACCAAAGCGCGACAAAGUGAACAUAUCUGUAUUUUUAUGAGAUUACUUUUCUAAUUGUAGAGGUAUUUCGUUCUCGGAACCUUGUCGAUUUGGUUCGCGCGGGGAUAAUCGCGCGCGAAAUCUGCAUAAUAAUCUACACGUAGACUCUAACGUACGCAUAUUUCUAUAUGUACAUGUAAAUAUGUCGAAUCUCUUAAUCGUGUGUCGGAGACUGACUCGACCGCGCGGUUUCGCGGGGACCGUCGCGAGCGGACUUCACCGUCACGGGCGCGGGUCUGCCUGCGCGAUUUUCCUUGUCGACAACCCGCCAAGCUUCACGGCCGAGUGCACAGUACACAUUCGUACCUACUCGUCAAUACUAGAAGACGCCACGAGAAACGCAAAGCAAAUGAGUUAAUCAUUAACGAGCACACCCGCGCGCUCGCGCGCGAUCGGCAUCGUUCGUCAUCGUCGAUUAGCAUGAAGGGCGCGAAAAGGAUAAUGAUGAUGAGAGGAGGGUUGCUCCUCACUCGUCAGGGAGAAUCCGCUUCGCUCGCGACCGGACCUCGGGAUGACCGCUCGCCAUCCGAUGACGUCGCGGCGGAUCGGCUCGAGGCCCGGCCUCGCGACUGCUUUGAGUUAACAGUGCCUGAACUUCGCAAAUUUUUAAUCCCCAUCCUGCCGCGGGGCUCGCGGCAUGGACAAGAAUAUCGUAAAGCUCUCCCGCAAAAAGAUUCAACGCGAGUGUGCAUCACCCGACCUAACGUAGACACACUUUCUAUUAGAGACCCGCUAUACACAUGUACCUAAACGUAGGCUAUACGCGUUUCGUUUUGUAGCUGCGAGGGAGAGUGGAGCGCGUUUUAUCUCCGCGACGGCGCAUUUCGUUUCUAUAUACGAGCUGGCCUCUAACGUUAAGUACUUUAUCGUAACGGUAGCGCGUGGCACGCCGAUAAUUACCGCCGCGAUUCCGCGCUCGUGGCGGAUUCACCGCGAAAGCCGAUGUUUUAGCAUAAUCGAGACGCUUCGUACGGCGCGUUUGUGUCGCUGGUAUGUCAUUAUGGAAUUAACGAUAAUUUCCCUGCUCUUAACCCGCAAAUAACCCGCAAUGUCGUUUUCGACCCGUAGAUUCCAAGGUUGAGCCUUGUAUGAGCCUUUGACUUGUCUAGUCGAUUUAAUUAAAUGUAUUUAUUUAUUUAUUAUAUACUUAUUGUAUAAAUGGAUAUUACGUUUCGUAUAAUAUAUUUUUUUAUCGCGCGUCUCUUUGUGAUUCUCUUUACGAUGCACCAUGCAAUUUCUUUCUUUAAUUUUAUCUUUGCAUUAUAUUCGUAUUUAUGCAUUACAUUUGAUAUGUACAAUGGUUACCCGAGCGUUCUCUUUCGAGAGUAGCAAAGUCGAAAGUGUUACGUACCAAAGAAUACGCGAUAAUUAUCGGCGAGGCGUUGCAUCGGUGCACUGCGGUUAUACAUACACGUAUAUCAUAUGAAAAAUUAUAUAGUAGCUUCUUUUGUCUCUUGUAAAUACACUAUAUUAUGCGUGCGUGAAAUGGAAAGGAAGAAGGUAUCUUCCUUUCCCUUUCUACGCAAUGCGUCACAUAUUGGGUGUCUCAAAAUUAUCGUCACUCAAUUCAAUCACGAGUGCUCCAAUUCGCUUCAAUAUUUUUAAGAAGUAAAAUCUACAAUUAGAAUUCUCAAUAGAGAUUUUGAAAAAAAUCCGCUUAAAAUUUAAUAAAGAAGAUAAUUAAUCUUCUGUUUUCAUUGCAUAUGAAAUUUAUUACAUUUUUAAUUGUAAUCAUAUCUCAAAUAUUGCGAAAGUCCCUUGAGAACAUUGAAACAUGCAUUGCUCUUUUCGUCUUCUGACUUCUAGUAGUCGCGAUGAUAGUGAUUGAUGUAGUGGCAGCAGUUGUGGGACACCCGGUAUAUAUCUUGCCUACUUGUAUCAUAUCAUUGGUGAGUGUUGUGAAAGCGACAGUACGUGAGUAUAAAAUCCCUUUUCCUUUUUCCCAUCUCCUGGGACUAAAGGCCAGUGCUGGGCAAAGGUGUACGCUUCUGAUACCCCCGGUUUGUGUGCAGAACCUGAGGAUCUUAAAAGCGAAACGGGAACGUGUUUUUUUCUCAAAACGAGAUCAGUUACGCUUUGCAUUAUAUUAACAAUUUUACGAUUGUUAUUGGGUGAAUUUGUUCGAAGGAGAAAUCGUUUUGCAUUCUUAAGAAUACAUUUUGAAGAAAGCAGCGUGGCUAAUUUUACUUUGCUCUUGAAAUCCUCAGUUAUCGCGCGUACGACCAACUCGAAAGACUCGCCGUUCUCACGAAUUUCGUUAAGUUUUGACGAUUCUACCAUACGUUGCAAUUAAGUCAGGAAACAGUGAAAACGGCGAGAAUUUCUCUGUUAAGUCAGUUGUAAGUUCUCUGUUGUAAAGAUUUCUAUAAAACACGGUAUCGAAUAAUUUGUAGAUAAUUAGCUUAGACAGAUACGCGGAUGGGUGGAUCGUUGUUUCUCCUCUGCUUGGAAAAGAUUCAAGGUACCGAGCUCGACUGUAAAAAUUAUUAUAUAUUUUAUUGAUUUUUAAGAGUAAUAGUCUAUGCGAUGAUGUCCUGCGUGUUACAAGGCCUUGCUCAGCAUGGUCGUGAGCGACGUUUGGAGCACGAACACGGGCGCUAGUUUCUCAACAAUAUUUUUCUCACCUGGUAACCCGCGUGUAUCUGAUUCCCAAGUGUUGCGAGCGAGCGAGCGAGAGAGAGAGAGAGAGAGAGAGAGAGAGAGAGAGAGAGAGAGAGAGAGAGAGAGAGAGAAGAGCUGGGGAUCUCGACGAUCUCCAGCUCGAUGACGGAGCGUGCGACACGCGAGCAUAUAUCUUUAACGGAGUGCGGAGGGGAGAAAUAGCCACCAAAGUUAUGUAUAUCCAGUUAUCCGUGCAUAAUGCGUAAUUAUUCGUGCGCGACGAGGAGUUGAUCGUGCAUCUCGAGAUUAAUCCGUAAGCGUAGCAUAAUUUAACUGCAAUACAUUCGCACUUUGCGCGUACACACAGCAUGCAUAUACACUGACGUACACUUAUACACGUACAUUUACAGGUACAUAUAUGUACAGGAGAUGACAUAUACAUACAUAGACAGAUGGACACUGUACACACAAACAUACACACACACACAUUCGCGAUUCUAAUAAUUAUACAUAAAGACACGCAUGUAUGUAUGUAUAUUUAACUGAUGAAAAACCAAGUAAUUCGAAAUGCGUAUGUAACUGAAAUCCUAUGACACUGUAAUGUUGUUGAACCGGUUAUUAAAGAUGUCAUUGUUACCGAAGGA